CGCGCCUGCAAUCAGACAUCCUUUCCUCGUUUUCAUUCUUGUAGGCUCUGGUAGCCCGGUUCGCAUUUGUUGUACACUUAUCACUCGUUCAUCUUCUGACAGCUCGAUACCCGUUUCCAUUUAUACACAAAUGCUGUAUACAAGCAUCUUCGCGGCCUGCGCUUUGCCGCUCGCCGUUGCAGCACCUCUCUGCACCCGCGAAAACAACACCACUUGUGGGACUGCACUCUGCAAUCUCAGCAAUGUCUCUCAGCCUACCAACGCUCUAACACCACCUUCUGCGGAUCUGCGCCUCGUUCUCAUCGCUCAUGGAGAGGGGACGCAAAACUACACCUGCGCAACACCGGAGUCCGCCCCAUCAUCAAUUGGCGCCAAAGCCGAGCUAUACAACGCCUCUUGUGAAGUCGCCAACCCCACUGAAGCGCAGAACAGCAUUAUCAGGGCACAGGCCAUUGGCAACCACUUCUUUGCGGAUCUCACGACCCCAGAAUUCGACAUCCCUCGCCUGGGUAACACCAAGUCGAAGAAGGUCGAGGAAGUUGAUGCACCAAACCCCAGCGCCGACAUCAAGUGGCUCAGGCUGCAGGCACAGACCGAUGGCUCUACUAGCGACGUCAAGUUCAUCUACCGGCUGAACACCGUCGGUGGACAUGCACCCACCAACUGCGAGGGUAGAGCGGAAGGCGAGGUUGUUACGGUGCAAUAUCAGGCACAGUACUGGAUGUAUGCGUAAGCGUGAUGAACCUGACGGUUUUAAGCGGUGCUGGAAAGGGUGUCCACGAUUUCUCAUUUCAGUCAAUGUUGUAUAUUUUCGGAGGUGUAGCUUCGAGUUCAGGUUUGGUGGUGUGAAGUAGGAAGUCAGUCAUAAUUGGAGACAUUUGAGUAAGGAUUUGCACACAUAGCGCCCUCCAUUUGCUGGCAAACUUGCUUGCGUUGUCGGGGUCUUUCGCACGACAACGGCCGAACUCAACUAGUCUAAAAGAAGGAAAG